CGGUGGCCGUUUUUGCGACUUUCGUAUCAGUGAACAACUUGUUGUUUUCCUCACGAUCAACGAAAAUUCGUCGGAUCCGUUCUGUCCGCAUCGUUUGUUGCGUCUCAAUCGCGUAGGGAGAAGUGCUCAAGAUCAAUAUACGAUGGAAAACGUUUGUCAAACGUUUUGUGCUGCAGCUCCGUCGAGUUUCAGGAUGCGAUUGAUGUACGAUCAGUAAGAUUUCCCGGUCGUGCGAUUGAAAGUCGUAUUCCCGAACAAGCUCCAGAGUUCAGGCGAGUACUUUGGCAACGACAAUGAGAAAACCGACAAGAUGGCCUCCUGCACAAAGCCGGCCUCCGCUUCUGCUUGUCCUCGUCACCGGCGCGGCAGCCACGUGUUUCUUGACGCUCUCCUUUCUUUUUCCCGCCCUUACCAACGCACAGCAGCAUCAGUAUGAGGCCAUACCGAAGGAGCUUGCAGACGAAGUGCAAACGUACGUCACCUCCCUGAACUGGAAGGAUAUUUUUCUUCGAACUUUCUCUCUCAUGGGCCUGAAUCAUGGCUGCAUGACGGUGUGCAACGACCAGAUAACACGCGCAUGCACGAAUCUGUUGGCAGAAAGCUUAGAGUGGCAGGACAUGGAGGUAGGCUUUUUGUGGUUUAUUUCUUGAUGUCGAGAAGGACGAAGUCAGCUUAGGAGGUUAUUGUCACACGGCCACCAUUUGUGAGCGUAACCGUAAGCAAGCAUAUUAAUCUGUGGCGCCUUCUAGUAAGGGAACAACGCACGGAGCUGUUGACGUCUUGCGCAAUUCUAAUGACAACAGGCUCCCACCCUCGAUCUGGACGAGACGAUGGAGCUUGCGAUUGCACUCAAAACCGAGGCGCGCGCGCACCGGGAGCUGCACCUGAUGGGGAAAAACGUCCCGGAAUACCAGCCGGUGCUCCUCUCCAAGGACCGGAAGCGACCCUGCAAGAAAAUGCUCGACCACGCUUGCCCCGUCGCCUGCAUCCGGCGGGACAGCGGCAACUUGCCAAACCAAAAGGGGUACAUUCCGGAGUACGAGCCCGGGGCGUUCGAGCCCCAGUUUAAGGAACGGUUCGGAAGCCGGUACAGCGGAAAAAAGUGGGAAGACAUGGACUUUCACAAGGAAUUCUCCGUUUUCACCGCCUUGCAAGAUUUAGUUGGCUUGGUUUUCGCCGGAGUGACAUCACAGCGUUGAUGACAGAAGUGGAAAACAAGGAGAAGUAAGCACGUGUGCAGGUGGAGCUGCAAGGCCGCAGAUUUGCGCGUACCAAGUGAUAGAGAAGUACCUCACGACACAGCACUGAGUGCCCCACGACUGACCGCCGCGUACCACUGCGGCCGUUGGUAGAGUCAGAAUGCUUGAAACUUCUCCUGUUUUCUAUCGUGUAAGUAUGUGCAAUACACAAACUCCGGUCGUC